UGAAAUUAGUCUUCUAAGAGUUCAUCUAUAUAUAUAUAUAUAUAAUAGAAAGAGUUGCAAACAGGUCGAGUGUGAGAGACAAAGAGAGACAUCACAGUUGUCAUGGGUGCUAAGUGUUUCUUAGUUCUUGUUGUUGCAACGGUCUUAUCCAUGACUCUCUCAAAAGCUGAUGAGAAUGUAAGUUGGGGCGAUCAAACUGUUCCACACAAAAUGGGUAUGGAGAAGAUGACAAGGUUACAUUUUUACUUUCACGAUGUUGUUACCGGCGAUAACCCAACGGCGGUUAGGAUAGCUGAAGCACGGGGAACAAAAACAUCCUCAACAAUGUUUGGGGCGUUGUAUAUGAUUGAUGAUCCAUUAACCGAAGGUCCCAACCCGGAUUCUGGACUCGUAGGUCGAGCUCAAGGUUUUUACGGACAUUCCGGGAAAGAUGAAAUGUCACUGAUCAUGGGAAUGAGUCUUUUUUUUACUGCGAAUGAGAAGUUUAACGGGUCUAGUAUCAGUGUUUUUACUCGAAAUCCUAUCACACAUACGGAUCGAGAAUUUGCGAUUGUUGGAGGAACCGGAUACUUUAAGUUUGCGCGUGGGUAUAUAAGCGGCAAGACAUAUCGAAUUAGCGGGCCAGAUGCUAUCGUUGAGUAUAAUUGUACCAUCAUUCACUAUUAAUUCGUGUUUAAUGUUAUGAAUGAUUGUAGUUGGAAUUUUUAAGUCUUGAGAAGGAUAUUUGCUUAUAACUCCUUUUCCUUCCAUUUCCAAUCAUUUCUUGUAUGGGUUUUACUGUCAAUGAAAAGUUUAAC